AUGGGCAAUGGAUUGUCGGAACAACCCAGCUUCAUCUCCAGCAUCCCGUUCUUCCAGUCUUUUCACAUCGCCAUCCUUGGGCUGGACUCGGCGGGGAAGACCACCGUUUUGUACAGACUGCAGUUCAAUGAGUUCGUCAACACGGUGCCCACCAAGGGCUUCAAUGCUGAGAAGGUCAAAGUGUCUCUGGGCGGCCACAGGACUGUGACCUUCCACUUCUGGGACGUCGGUGGCCAGGAGAAGCUGCGCCCACUGUGGAAGUCAUACACGCGAUGCACGGACGGCAUCAUAUUCGUGGUGGACUCUGUGGAUUCCGAGCGCAUGGAGGAGGCCAAAACGGAGCUCCAUAAAAUCGCCAAGACGUAUGAGAACCAGGGCGUCCCCCUGCUGGUGGUGGCCAACAAACAGGACUUGAGACACUGUUUGGGACUGGCUGAGAUUGAGAAGGUGCUGGCACUAAAAGAACUGGGCCCCGGAACUCCCUGGCACCUGCAGUCGGCCUGUGCCAUCAUAGGGGACGGACUCAGGGACGGCCUGGAGAGACUCCACGACAUGAUUCUGAAAAGAAAAAAGAUGCUGAGGCAACAAAAGAAAAAGAGAUAAACUUAAGUCAUGAGACAAUCUCACCUGCUGUUUUAUGUGAAGGAAAUGUAGAAGAUCUUCUCCUGAGUGGGUUCAAGCUUCCACUUCAGGUCCAGAUUCCACAUGCUGAGUUUUAUCAGUCUAAAAGAAAGAUUUUCCCCAGUAUUGGUCGCGUGAUGAUGCUGUUGAUGAGGAUGUGAAACCUAAAGGAACACAGAAUGAAGAGAAGAAGGCUUCAGACAUGUGUGGAUGUGUUGUAAAGGGUUUAUAUGGAUACAAGAGGUGUUGGGGUGUGGACGGUGGGGUAGGAGCAGUGUUAAGGAUGCCGUAUGUUCCACGAAUGGCUAACGGCUGUUCCAAACCAUUUACCAAAAAUUAUUUAACUGAAGGCGUUGUCCAGUUGAAGGGUAACAGUCGUUUUACAUUGUUACACCAGAGGAGGGAUGCCCACUUACUGCUUUACAUGUUGCUAUCGUAAAUAGCUCUUUUUUACACUGGACUUACUUUGUAAAAGAAAAGUGUUAUCAUGCAUUAUGGCAUUAUUAUCGAUUUGCUUGCUGUCUUCUAUUUCGCUUUUGUAAAGCACUUUAGAUAAUCACUUUGUAAGAAGUUUACAGUUGUUAAAUAGAGCAAGAUUCAUUGGACUGCUGUAGAGUAGAUGGACCUCAUUUGCCACACUGUCAAUAGAUGGUCGUGCAUUAUGUUUUGCUUAAUAAAAAACAUGUGGAGCAAAGCUGACAA